AUGGGGUCAUGUCAGAUGUUCGCCUCUGUCCAGACACCACCCGUCCUGUCAGCGUGGGCUGAUUGGGACCACUGCCCCUUCUUCCGCCCCAAUCCCCAGGCAGUGCCUUCUGUCCCCUGCGAGAAGGGAACAGUGUUCCUGCAGAGAACUGCCCAGAGUGGGGUACCUCAGGGACCCCCCUUUCCCCAGCUGGAGAGGGAGGAUGACUUCCUGACACACGCAGCCCAUGGGGACUGCCUCUUUGAUGCACCUGCCUCCUCACCCUCCAGCCACCCCCCUGCCCCCCCAGCACGCUCCCUCUCUGAGUCACCACAGCGCCUGCGCCUACCCAUGGCGGGGCAAAUGAAAGUACCAGGCUCUACUAAAAUCUGUAAGGCCUGCAAAGUGCGGCCAGGGGGAAGUCAGGCUUGGGACUGGAGAGAAACAAGAACUGAGUGUUCUCCUGGUGUGCAGCCUACAGACGUGCAGGAAGCUGUCGAGAAAGGUGUGCUGACCCUUGUUAUUGGCCAGGGGAUGAGUGAGGCCUCGAAGGUACCCUCAUCAACUGUGGAGUACCUCAGGAAACAAGGCAUUGAUGUGCGGGUCCUCCAGACAGAGCAGGCACUGAAGGAGGAAAAUGCUUUGGUUACCCAAGGCAUCAGGGUGGGAGGGGUCUUCCAUUCCACCUGCUGA